GGAUUGACUUUAGCUUCAUGAGACAUCAAACCGUCCAUUCGCAAUGAACUCGAUUGGGGCUGGACUUGUCAGUCGAGGUAAUGUUUAUGUCGUGUGGCUUCAGCCCGAGUGGUACAUGUGAACACUAGGCUGACGUGUUGCUUUGUGCGCAGAACACGGCCUGUUAUGGAAUGAAAUCUCGACCGCAGCAUUGCGCGCAGAGCUUCUAAGAAGAGAUGGACCAGACGAUCGACCGUCCUGCGGCUCCAAUGAGCCUCGGGCUGCAUACAAUCUCCCAAUGCAUGUGGUUGCUCUGGUCAUCAUUCUUGUUCUCAGCACUGGAGCAUGCUCAUUUCCACUGAUUGUUCGCCAUUUUCCUCAGCUUCAUGUCCCCCGCCGUUUUCUUUUCCUGUCACGACACUUUGGCACCGGCGUGCUUAUCGCAACAGCCUUUGUACACCUCCUGCCCACUGCUUUCCAGUCAAUGACGGACCCAUGCCUUCCAAAAUUUUGGAAUGAAGGCUACCCUGCCAUGCCUGGAUUUAUCGCGAUGAUAUCGGUGCUACUUGUGGUGGGAAUUGAAAUGUUCUUUGCAACGCGAGGAGCAGGCCAUGUUCACGGCGACGAAUACGAUUCUCUACCUCCCGGCCAGACCCGGGAAGAGUUGGCUUACAAGCUCUCAAAUGGUAUCUCAACGCCCACAGAAUAUCAUCAUGCGAACAUAAAUGUUUAUCGCGAGGCGGAUUUAGAAAAUGGAGAGCCCGGUGAGGCUGUCGUGCUGGAGGACAUGUCAAGCUCAUCUCCGCCGAGGUCGCAGCCCAAACCCGCCAAGCACAGGAAAUCCUCUUCUUCUGGUGGGCAGUACUACACCGAUGAUCCUGAAGACGAUGGAAAUGAUGAAGAAGACGGAGAAGAUGGAGAAGACUCGGACCUGGACAUUCGCGAGCUGGAUCCUCUGGCUGGCGAGACUGGCCAUACUGGUCAUCAGGGACUUGGACGAGGAAACGGCGGUCAGCUAAAUUAUUCCAAUUACGGCCAAGACGAUGGGCAAUUUUAUAACAACCGCUCUGGCCCCGAAGUCGCACAUGGGCAUGGGCAUUCGGCAGAGGAGCAAGAAGAACGAAAGAUGCUGCUACAAUGCCUUUUGCUUGAAGCCGGGAUCUUGUUUCACAGUGUGUUUAUCGGCAUGGCUCUCAGUGUUGCUACCGGCACACCAUUUAUUGUUCUCCUAAUUGCCAUAAGCUUUCAUCAAACGUUUGAAGGACUCGCUCUUGGUUCGCGAAUCGCUGCGGUCAAAGCACUCAGCCUGCGCUCUCCAAAACCAUGGCUCAUGGCCCUUGCGUACGGUACCACGACCCCCAUUGGCCAAGCCAUUGGGCUUGUUGUCCACAAUCUGUACGACCCCGCCAGUCAGACGGGCCUGCUUAUGGUCGGCAUCAUGAAUGCCAUUAGCAGCGGCCUCUUGCUCUUCGCCGGUCUCGUUGAAUUACUUGCCGAAGACUUUCUCUCGGAUAAAAGUUAUACCACUUUGCAGGGAAGACGCAGGUUAGAAGCCUGUGGAUCGGUUGUCGGUGGCGCGAUCCUCAUGGCUUUGGUCGGGGCUUGGGCUUGAGUUGUUUCUUGAGUCUCUCUUCCUCACUCCGCCUCUAACUAUCGUGUUUCAUUCUUUCUUUCCCAAUUCCCUGCGCCUUUUAUUUCUCGUUACUUUUUUUUUUUCUUUCUUGUCCCCAUUGAAAUGUAAAUUGGUUACUUCCGUUAUGCAAUCCCCCGGG